GAGCACCGUUCCGUUAGCAGUGGUAUACCGAGGUGUAAUUGUGGAAGAUUGUAUCAAAAGCUCCCACUCGCUGUGUGGUGAAGCAUGAAGCUAAUCAGACACGCGAAGAGGGGGAUGAAAUACUGGUGAGACAGACUGUCAUCACCUCUGGGAUUACAAGGAGGAGGGAUCUGAAGAGAAUCCGUCUAUCCCAUUUCAUACAGGAUGAAGUUUUGGAGAAAGAGAAACAUACUCUGGGAUUAAGGGGAAAGCACGGUGGCAAAUCAACCGGUUUGUAACGUUGCACAGUAUAGUUAACUGGCUGGACAGUCAAGUCUAGGCGCGCAGGCGUUUGUGUGUUAAGUAGCUGACAAGACACGUGUAUAAUUAAAUGUUUGGCUGUAGAACGGAGUACUGACUACAAGCAAUAACGGAGACCUUGAUUUUGACCGAGGAACCCCUGCUUUGGGGUAUAACAGCACAAUUUCUGGGCUCUUGAUAGCCGGAAGAGUGGAGCGGGACGUAGGAUUGAAGAGUGUGGACAGCGGGGCAGUGACGGUGCCAAUACCUGGACUGUCAGGAGACAGUAUGGCUGCUGCGAAAGGCACAGAGAAAGCAUCGCUUUUGCAGAACGAGCGGCUUCGGCUCCUCGUUUGUUUCCUCGGAGUCUUUGUUUGUUAUUUCUACUACGGUAUUUUACAGGAAACAAUCACGAGGGGCGAUUACCAAAAAGGAGACAAGAAAGAAAAGUUUACCUACGCUACCACCUUGGUAUUCAUUCAAUGCAUCAUCAACGCUGUCUUUGCCAAGAUCUUGAUUCAGUUCUUUGAGCAAUCCAGGUCUGAUCACACCAGGAACUGGCUCUAUGGUGUAUGUUCCCUCUCAUACUUGGGGGCCAUGGUGUCCAGCAACUCUGCUCUACAGUAUGUCAACUAUCCAACACAGGUGCUGGGGAAGUCCUGUAAGCCCAUCCCAGUGAUGGUUCUGGGUGUGACGAUCCUGAGGAAGAAGUACCCUCUGGCCAAGUACCUGUGUGUGCUGCUGAUAGUGACUGGGGUGGCAAUGUUCAUGUACAAACCCAAGAAAGGUGUGGCGUCUGGUGACGAGCAUGUCUUUGGCUUUGGAGAAAUGCUACUGCUUCUCUCCCUGACCCUUGACGGGCUAACAGGUGUAGCCCAGGACCAUAUGCGCGCACACUACCAGACUGGCCCCAACCAUAUGAUGCUUAACAUCAACUUGUGGUCCACGCUGGUGCUGGGACUUGGUGUGCUGUGGACAGGGGAGGUGUGGGAGUUCCUGGCCUUUGCUGACCGCUAUCCCCAUAUCAUCUACAACAUCCUGUUGUUUGGUCUAACCAGUGCCCUGGGUCAAACUUUCAUCUUCAUGACAGUGGUGUACUUCGGACCACUCACCUGCUCCAUCAUCACGACCACACGGAAGUUUUUCACUAUACUGGGCUCUGUUCUUCUCUUUGGCAAUGUCAUGAGUGGCAUGCAGUGGGUUGGCACCAUACUGGUAUUCUUGGGUCUGGGACUGGAUGCAAAAUUUGGGAAAGUACCAAAGAAGACAACACACUGAGACCAGGGGGACUUGCGUCUGUCAAUCCCUGAGCAGGAAAAUGGUCAGACUGAAAAGUAGUAGGACAGACAUAUGUCUGCUACAGAACUUGCCUCUUCCAUCUUCGCUCUCAUAAGGACAUGCAGAAAUCUGUCCAGACAAUGGGUCGUCUAUUGGUUUUUAACUCUAGCGCAGAAUUAUCCCUCAAUUGCUUGUAGAUGUUGUUCAGAAAACGGUUAAAGUACUGAAUCUGUAGAGUUGCACUGCACUCCAUUCUAUCUAGUAUUCAGUAGAUCUCUGUUUCUCUCGGAAAAUCACAUGCCCUUGCUGUUAUCCUUAGGUUUAAAAAAAAUUAAAGGACAAUUCAACUGUAAAAAGGGAAGGAAAGGAGCAGAGGGGCAAAUGUGUCAUUACAUCAGCUAAAUUCCCUCCUUCAACAGGAAUAACAGUUUGUGUGCCAGCUGCUAUAUCCCCGCUGCUGUUCACGUAAUUCGUUAUAGACGAAAAU